GCAAAUUUACUAUCAUUCUCGGAGGAUGGCAGCUCUUGGUCUGUCUCCCACAUGUGCUAUGUCCAACCAGGAGCCUGCCUAUGUCCAUGAGUCAGAAAUUCCUCUUUCUUCAAAAGACCAUUCCUGUCCCCAGGAUGUGGAGCUGUUUGCAUACAAUGGCCUGGAGCCUCAUACAUCAACCAAUGUUGGUUCCCAGAAAUCAGUGACUUUCCAGGAUGUUGCCGUGGACUUCACUGAGAAGGAGUGGCCCUUGCUGGAUUCUUCUCAGAGAAAACUGUACAAAGAUGUGAUGCUGGAGAACUAUAGCAACCUUGCCUCAGUGGGGUGUCAGGUGAGCAAACCCAGCCUCAUCUCCCACUUGGAGCAAGAAGAGGAGCUGAGGACAGAGGAGCAGGAACUUCACCAAGGCCCUUGUCCCGAUUGGGAGACUCCAUCUAAAACCAAAUGGUCAAUUCUUAUGGAAGAUAUUUUUGGGAAGGAAACAUCUCAUGGUGUGACAAUGGAAAGCAGUCGGCUUGGAGAGAAAUCCAGUGACUAUGCUAACCUGUUUGACGUCUUCAGCAUGGGUGCUCAUCUUACUCAGCAAAUGGGAAGGCACACUAGCAAGAGGCCUUAUCACCGCCGGGACUGUGGGGUGACUUUCAAGAACAGAUCUCAUGUAACCCAACAUGUGAACACUUACAAUGGGAGGAAAAUGCAUGAAUGUCAUCAGUGCCAAAAAGCCUUCACCACGAGUGCUUCCCUUACACGGCACAGGAGAAUACAUACUGGGGAGAAACCCUAUGAGUGCAGUGCCUGUGGGAAAGCUUUCAAUGACCCCUCAGCUCUUAGGAGUCAUGCAAGAACUCACCUCACAGAGAAGCCCUUUGACUGCAGUCAGUGUGGAAAUGCAUUCCGAACCCUCUCCUCACUGAAGAUACACAUGAGAGUUCACACUGGGGAGAGACCUUAUAAGUGUGAUGAAUGUGGGAAGGCAUAUGGCAGGAGCUGCCAUCUCAUUGCACACAGAAGAACACACACUGGAGAGAGACCCUACGAAUGUCACGACUGUGGGAAAGCUUUCCAGCAUCCCUCACAUCUCAAAGAGCACGUCAGGAACCACACUGGAGAGAAACCCUACGAAUGCACACAGUGUGGAAAAGCCUUCCGAUGGAAGUCCAACUUUAACUUGCACAAGAAGAACCACAUGGUAGAGAAAACAUACGAGUGUAAAGAGUGCGGGAAAUCCUUUGGGGACCUCCUCUCACGGAGAAAACACAUGAGAAUUCACAUUGUAAAGAAACCUGUUGAAUGUAGACAGUGUGGGAAAGCCUUCAGAAACCAGUCCAUCCUUAAGACACACAUGAAUUCCCACACUGGAGAGAAACCGUAUGGGUGCGAUCUCUGUGGGAAAGCCUUCAGUGCAAGCUCCAACCUAACUGCGCACAGAAAAAUACACACUCAAGAGAGGCGCUACGAGUGUGCCACCUGCGGUAAGGUCUUUGGUGAUUAUUUAUCGCGGAGGAGGCACAUGAGCAUUCAUCUCGUAAAGAAGCAUGUUGAAUGCAGACAGUGUGGGAGGGCCUUCAGAAACCAGUCGACCCUUAAGACACACAUGAGGAGUCACACAGGAGAGAAGCCUUAUGAGUGUGAUCACUGUGGGAAAGCCUUUAGCAUCUGCUCGAACCUUAAUGUGCACCGGAGGAUACACACUGGGGAGAAGCCCUAUGAGUGCCUGGUCUGCGGGAAAGCCUUCAGUGAUCACUCAUCCCUCAGGAGUCACGUGAAGACACACCGGGGAGAGAAGCUCUUCACAUCAUCAGUGUGGAAAAGGCUCCAGUGACACAUCUCUUUAAAGAGAAACAUGAGAGCGCAGACCUGGCAGGUGUAAGGAAGGCAGGAAGCCUUGAUGAACUCAUCUCACUGGGCACAAAAGAAUAUGUGUUAACUUGGGAGAAAUCCAAUUUGUGUAAUAACUGUGGAAAGACUUGGGUUUUUCCACAUCACUUUGGAGAUAGUGUGAGAACUCAAGAGAGUUGAGAAAACAUGUGUUUGUGGUGUGAAGAAGCCGUCAGUGUACGUUUAGCUCUCAACAAACGAGAACUUAGGGGGAGAAACCCUAGUCUGAUAUUUAAUGUCAAAAUGACUUUAGCAUCACCUUGUACCUCCUUGGCACAAGAGUAAGCCCACCAGGGAGGAUCUCUGUAAAUUCCAAGACUGGACAGACCUUUCCUGGUCUCACUGUAUUCCUCAUGAGAGAAAUCACACUGAAGAGAAAAACCUAUGAAAUAAGGAACAUGGGAAAGUCGGUAAUGGGUGGGCAAACUAUGGCCAGCUGUCUGUUUUUGUACAGCUGGCAAGCUGAGAAUAUUUGUUGCAUUUUUAAGAAGAAAAAUAUGUGCCAGAGAUCAUGUGUGCCCGACAAAGUCUAAAAUACUGUCUGGCCCUUUACAGAAAAAAAUUGCCAGUCCUUGGUCUACAGUGGUUCUCAACUGGGGAUAACUUUGCUCCCCGGGAGACACUUGGCAAUGUCUGGAGACAUUUUUGGUUGUCAAAGCUGGGGAGGUGCCACUGGCAUGUUUUGGGAAACAUCGGGGUUGCUGUUAAAUAUCCUGCAGUGGACAGGAGGCUUCCCCCAAGAGAGAGAAAUUAUGUGCCCCAAAAUGUCAGUAUUGUUGAGGUUGAGAAACCUUAGCCAACAAUCCCUCCAUUUUUUAUGAAACGCGUGGGUACUCACACUAGGAGAAAUUUCUAUUUAAAACUUCAAAAUUAUAAUCUGUGUAAUUCUUUCAGGAAACACAUGAGAACCCACACUGCAGACAAUCCCUAUGUGGAGAUAAUUUCAUCCACAGCCCUGUCACUUGUGCAUAUGAGAAUUCACUCCCCAGUGGGAUUUCUUAGUAAAUGUGGAAUUGCACUUAUCAGUCUUUCAUCAUGAAAGUGGACCCCAGCUCAUGAAUUUUUAAGUCUUUAAUUUUAAGAUUAUGCUCUUCCAAAUAACCCUUAUGCCCCAUCACAGAAGGUUUGUAUAUCGUAUUUUUACUAGAAUUUCAUUCUCGAUAUGUCUUCAUUUCCUUUUGGACAACUUACUUGACCGAUGGAAUUUUUUAGAAUAGUGUUAUAUGCUGUGUAACAUGUGGGUAUUUUUAGUACCUGUUUGUUACAAGUAUCUAAUUCAAAUGCAGUUGUGAUCAGAGCAGGAUGUCUUCAUCAGAUUGAUCCUUUGGAAUGUUUUUGGCCUCCCAUCCAGCCAAGAGUAACAUAUAGUUGCUCCUUCAGUAUCUCAUAUUCUUUUAUAUCAAGAAAGUCCAAGUUUUGUCUGAUUAGUAAGGUGUGCUAUUUUUAAAAAUCUCUUACAGGUUUUCCUGCAGCUAGUACAGUCCAUGUCCACAGCCUGGCCAUUGACAAAUAAGCACAUAUCACUGUAUGGGCUGUAAAAAAGCUUUUGAAAAAGAGUCAUUCUUGCCUAGAUUCUUCUCUACAUUUUUUUUCCUUGCUCUUCUCAUUACUUCUUACCUUGAAAAGAGAUUCAGUAUCUUGUGUUAAAGGUGCAUCUUAUGACCGUGAGGAUGCAAGCCACAGGCUGAAGGGGGAGAUAACCGCAGAAAAAUCACAAUGAUCCUGGCUUCCCCCGUGGCUUCUCUGAGUGUCUGCAAUAGUCCUGGAUUUGUUGUUUCCAGACUUCCUAUUACAUGAGAAAAAAGAAAACUGAUAAUUGGUUUAAGCUACUUUGGAUAUUUGAUUGCUUAAUCUAUUUAAUAAUUGUUUUAUUGGUGGCAGGAGGGUUCCACUGUACCCAGCUGGAUGCUAUCUGUAACCCAUACAUCUGGUCAUUAGUGAGGUUGGAGAGCUGCUACAUGUGUGGGUAUAACCUACUUAUACUUUUAGUUGUUGGAUAUGGGUUUUAAAAAUCCUUAAACCAUGUUUUUAAAUUGUAUUUCAAAUCCCUGAUGUACUUAAACAUUACUUCUUGACUUGUGUUGAAAUAAGUGUAUUAGUUUUCACAAAAGCUCUAAGAAGUAGGUACCACCAGUAACUCCCUUUUGCAUAUGGGCAGUCUGAGGCAAGGAAGUUUAAGGGUGCUCGUGUGAGGUCAGCUCAUUAACAAGUAGUAGUGUCUGUGUUUUGAGUCCAUACUCUCUUAUGUCAGGCCCUGUUUGGUGCCCUGAAUCUAUAACAGUGAGUCAGGAUUUUUGCCUUCAUGGUGAUCACAUUCUACUUGGGAUUAAGGCACGUGAUAAACAAAUGAGUAAAUAUAUUGUAUAUCAGGUGGUGGUCAGUUCAGUGCUGGGAAAUUUAAGCAUGCUGAUGAUGAGAGGGAUGCGGGGGUUCAGUGGAACUAUUGGAUGGAUAGUGAACGCCUUUCGUUUAAGGGGACAUUUGAGUAGAGAUGUAAAUUCGCUGCCAGUGUGCACCAUGCUGUAAUGUGGGGAAGAGCACCCUCGGCAGUUCAAAGGUCAUGAAAAAGAAUUUUGCUUGGGACAGAGGGGCCAGUGUGACUGGAGUCAGGCAAGCUUGGGAAUUGCAGAAGGUGUUGAGGUCAGAGCUGGAUUGAGGUCCUGUUCACUGCAGCAUCUUGUGGGUUAACUGGAAGGACUUUGCCUUUCUUUCUCAGUGUGGAAAGUCAGUGGAGGAUUUUGGACAGAGAAGUGACAGCCAUUCAAUUUCUGUUUUUAGAGGAACAUAGUGGCUUAUGGGUUGAUAGGCUAAAUAGAGGGACAAGAUGCAAACAGAAACCUGUUAGAAGGUCAUUGCAAAGUUCAAGUUAAAUGUAACAGGGUCCAGAUUAUUAGUAGUAGGGGUGUUUUUAGAGUCACGUUGAAUGUGGCUGUAGUUUCUUUUGUAUUUUCAUCCCACAAUUCGUUUAACUAGUGCUGAUGUACAGUUAGUUGCUGGACUAUUUCCACUUUUCCCAGUUAGGAACAAUGCUGCUUUAAGAAAUUGUGUACAUGCCUUCUGGAGCGUUGCUGAGUUAUUCCAGGAGUGUGAAAUUGCUGGGUUGU